AUGACUGCAUCCCGUCAGGGUUGUCUUGAUAUAUUUUACUGUUCGGAUAAAUGUGAACGACAGCAUUGGGGCAAAUUUCACCAGUACGAAUGUUCAUUUCUCGAUGAAGUAUUCGCCUUACAAGAUGAUAAUUACAACGAAUAUGUUAUUAAUUAUGCUCGACUUGUUAUGCGCAUGCUUACUCAGCGAUUACACGAUCUUUUAGACAAGCCACAUAAUGUUUUACUUGAAGAUGUUUUUAUGAUGUUAUCACAUUUCGAUGACUUUCCAAGGGAGAAGAAAUCUGAAUUUGGAACUGUAGCCAAAAUGCUAACGAAAUAUAGAUUAACGUGA